GGAUGAGAAGAACCAGUCCAUCAUCGUGAGCGGGGAGUCAGGUGCUGGAAAAACUGUCUCUGCCAAACAUGCCAUGCACUUCUUCGCCACCGUCGGUGGUUCUGCCAGCGAGACCAAUAUUGAAGCCAAAGUCCUUGCGUCGAACCCAAUUAUGGAGGCAAUUGGAAAUGCUAAAACAACAAGGAAUUACAACAGCAGUCGCUUUGGGAAAUACAUUGAGAUUGGCUUUGAUAAAAGAUACCAUAUCAUUGGUGCCAACAUGAGGACGUAUCUGUUGGAAAAGUCACGAGUUGCGUUCCAGGCAGAGGACGAGCGCAACUACCACAUCUUCUACCAGCUCUGUGCCUCAGCGACUCUUUCGGAAUUCAAAGACCUUGGACUAACGUGUGCCAAAGACUUUUUCUACACUUCUCAGGGAGGUGACACGUCUAUCAAUGGCGUGGACGAUGCUGAUGACCUUGAGAAAACCAGGCACGCCUUCACCCUGCUUGGAGUGAAGGAGUCUCAUCAGAUGACCGUUUUUAGGAUAAUUGCUGCCAUUCUGCACCUAGGAAAUGUGGAAAUCGAAGUGCAACGAGAUGGCGAUACCUGUAGCAUACCGAACGAGGACGAGCACUUGAACAACUUCUGCGACUUGCUGGGCGUGGAGCACAGCCAGAUGCAGCACUGGCUUUGCCAUUGCAAGCUCGUCACCACAUCCGAGACCUACGUGAAGAACAUGUCCUUCCAGCAAGUGGUGAACGCCAGGAACGCCCUGGCCAAGCACAUCUACGCCCAGCUCUUCAGCUGGAUCGUGCAGCACAUCAACAAGGCCCUGCACACCACCGUCAAGCAGCACUCCUUCAUCGGCGUGCUCGACAUCUACGGGUUUGAAACUUUUGAAGUGAAUAGCUUUGAACAGUUUUGUAUCAACUACGCCAACGAAAAGCUCCAGCAGCAGUUCAACUUGCACGUGUUUAAGCUGGAACAAGAAGAGUACAUGAAGGAGGGCAUCCCUUGGACUCUCAUAGACUUCUGCGAUAACCAGCCCUGCAUAGACCUUAUAGAGGCAAAGCUUGGUAUCUUGGACCUCCUGGAUGAAGAGUGCAAGGUUCCCAAAGGCACUGACCAGAACUGGGCACAGAAGCUCUACGACCGGCAUGCCAGCAGCCAGCACUUCCAGAAGCCCCGUAUGUCCAACACCUCCUUCAUCGUCCUGCACUUCGCCGAUAAGGUGGAAUACCAGAGCGAGGGAUUUCUGGAGAAGAACAGGGACACAGUACACGAGGAACAGAUCAACAUCCUGAAAGCCAGCAAG